AUGUUCACAUGUUUCCUUACACUGAAUGACAAAGGUGAAACUCGUAUUGUGAAAGGAGCGGAAGUGGAUGUGGUCGUUCGAGGGGAGGAAGAUGGAGGGGACAGCGUCAGUGAGAAAUCUUGCACUGCUUUGGCUUCAGCUCUCUGUACAAAUCCAUCACACAUCAGAGAGCUGGAUCUGCGUGGGUGUGAACUGGGAGACUCAGGAGUGGAGAAGCUCUGUGAUCUACUGAAGAAACACGAGUGUAAACUGGAGACACUGCGACUGUGGGACAGCGUCAGUGAGAAAUCCGGCACUGCUUUGGCUUCAGCUCUCUGUACAAAUCCAUCACACAUCAGAGAGCUGGAUCUGAGUUGGUGUGAACUGGGAGACUCAGGAGUGGAGAAGCUCUGUGAUCUACUGAAGAAACACGAGUGUAAACUGGAGACACUGCUGUGA